AGUUAAAUUGUUUCCAAUGUUAAGAUUAAUUUGUCUCCUGUCAUUUCGUGAAGUAUGGGCGUCGCCGUGGGAACUGCUGACGGGUGGGAGCUGUGUUUGGGUUGACGGUUUGGGGUGCGAAAUAUCAUACCAAGGCGAAUGUGAUGCAUACCACAAUUUACGAGAUGUGGAUCUUCGCAAGCUGAACGCGCUGGAUUCUUUUUACUACGAAACGCGCUGUAACUACUGCUCAAAUAUAACGGAUCAGCAGAAGUGCUCAUCAAGUGAUAUGUGCACAUGGACUGCAGGAGCAUGUUCUUUCCCUAAGCACAUGGUCGCAAGUAUGUCACUGGAAGAUUGUGAACUUCCCUUCAAGGGUGUACAAUCAGCGAGCUUCAUUCAGCAUGAAAUCACCGUUCAUAAGGCUUGCAGAGAUGUGGGAAAUGAAGAACUCUGCCAGGAGACUAACGCGUGUCUGUGGAAUCACGGAAAAUGUUCUCGCGAUAUAUGGAUAGUUAUGAAAUCGUGUUGCCCAUGGCUUGAGCCCAUUUACUCGAAGGCUUUCGCGUGUCGUCAGAAAAGUUGGUCACCUGUAGAGUGUGUUAGUUGAUUUUUGUGAUAUCGUGGAUAUACAGUAUUUUUCAUCAUUAUUAUUAUCGAACUCGGUCUGUGAUAAUUGUUAUUGUUGUCAAGUCUUGAGUCGAUCUCAUUUUCCUAUUGAGAGCUCUCUCCAUGAAG